AUGAAGGCAUCUUCUAUUCUUAUUGCCGCCUCUGCUGGCGUUGCCCUGGCCCAGCCUACUUCCCUCGUCGAGCGCGCUAGCUCUGUCUGUCCUAUUCCAUUUACCGAUAUCCCCGCAUGCUGCCAAUUGCUCAAGUUCGAUGGAAACCUGCCUUACUUGGCCUGCUUUAAAGCUGAGAGCGCAAAUACUGAGCAAGACUUCAUCCAAAGCUGCCAAGCUCGCGCCCAAUCCAGCAACCUAGAAACCCGCCCUCAGUGCUGCAGCGAACCUGGUAUUUCUCAAAAUGAUCACGCGCCUUCCCUGGGUCCCUGUAUCCGCCCGCCCUUCGCUGAAAGUCGGUAG